AUGAAGUCAUUUGCUUGCUUAAUUGUUACAGUAUUUGCUUACCAACUCAUAUCCCAAUCCAGCUCAUUCAGAGGCUCUCUUAGUCCUAACCCAGACACAACCUCUUUGAUCUCCACAGAUUUAAGUUCUCAAAUCCCAACCGACUGUUCCUUUAAAAAAGGGUAUCUUGAAAGAUGGCAGUUAGACCCUUCUUCCCCUGAAAAAGUGUACAUAGUCCUCAACUCUCAUGCAAUUUCUCUAUUUUCAGACGAAAACGUCGAAGAUCUCAUUUGCUCUGUAAAGCUCUCUGAUAUUUAUCGUCCUUUUGCCUCCGAAGAAAAAUGCAUUGUUUUACAAAGCUCAAAUUCUGAAGACAAUUUAAGAUUAUGCUCUAAUAAUGAUCAAGAAAAAGCCAUUUGGCAAGGCUCGCUUGAACAUUUCUUUGUAUGCUCUGAUAAGCUUGAUCCUGAAGCCCAAGCUGACCUUAUAGGGCUUGAAGAAGAAGCCAAGCUAGAAGUUUUAGAGCAUGAUGAGCUAAAAAAGAAAGCUGAAGAAAUUAUUGAAAAGGUAAAAUUAGCUGAAGACUUGGAAAAAGAAAAUAAAAAGAAAAUGCAGCAGCAACUUAAUGAUGCUAAGAAUGAGUUAGAAAAGGUAAAAGAGCAAAGAGAAGCUCUAGAAAAAGCGAUGGAGGCAAAAGCAUAUGAAGAAAUGCUUCUUGCUGAGAAUUUGAUAAGAAAAGAAAAACAAAAAGAAGAAAUCGCUGAGCUUGAAGCUGCAGCCCAGAAAAUUCAAGAAGACAAGAAAAAAGAAGCUGAGGAACUAAUGGAGCAACAAAAGCAUCUCAUUGAAAACAAAGAAAGGGAAACAAGAGACGAGCUCUCAUAUAUGGUAAGCAUGGCUGUGGAAGCUGGAGAUAAGCAAUUUGCACAUUUAUGUUGGCAGCCAGAAUUAAAAGGCCCAAACACAGAUCUUAUGAAGUCUAUUUGUUUACAAAAGUAUGGUAAAGAACCUGAGCGAUAUGAGCAGGAGUUAAUUGACUGUCCUCAGCCAGAAAACUUCUGUAAGCUGUGUUGCAGUGGUUUUAUAGGUAUUGAACAUCUUCAAGAUAGAAAAGUGUGUGAGUAUGACAAUUGUGGUCAGCUCUUUUCAUUUUAA